AUGAGUCCCUCAUCACGGUCGAAGACGAGUCGUCAGUCUGGGACAGGCUCCUCUCCAAGGCCUCCCCCCGCACGGCUUUUCGAGGCCAUCGCAAAAUUCGGCGAUGUGAUGUCAGGCAAGAGAAAGGCCCCGGACCAAGCCCAGCCUGUGGCGAAGAGAUUGCGAGAAGAAACACGCCUUGUACCCGGCCUUGCCCUCCCAGUCACCUUCCACCGCUUCCUCCACGACCUUUUCCGCCUCGAUAUGGAAUGCCCCCUCUCCCUCUUCACCACCUCCUCCCUCCGCUACAUCGCUACCAAUGCCGCCACCCUGCCCACAAAGAAGAUCAACGCGCCCGAGGGAGUCGACAAGCGCCCUGUGGUCCUUGAUGUGGGUGAUUUCCAGAAGAAUGUCUUGGACGAGAACAACUUGGAUCGGGGCCAGUGGAUCGAGGCCAGCAAGAAUUUCCUUUUGUUCGUGGCCGAAGCCCAGCCGGAGCGCGCCGAACGUUACACGGACCAUUUCGCUUUCUUCGAGCAGCACCAAGACGGCGAAGACCUUUUCCCGGCCAUCCUCAAAACGGACAUCAAACUGCGCUCCCAAUACCUCCUCUCCCCCUUCAUUUUCGAUGUUGCUUUCUACAGCUCCCACCUCCAGUCCGCCGUCGUCGACCUGAAGAUCGCACGUGCUAGGUUGACCCAGCCCACGGCUCCGCUUGCCCUCCAGGCCCCCCGACUCCCAUCCUCCGCCGUCUUGCGUGUGGGCCGGGGCCCUCUCUUGCGAGGCGGGGGCGCCCUUCCUUUCGGCCAGGCACCGGGGUGGGAGCGCGCGACCCCGUCUGCCUCAUCUGCGCUAGAUCGGGCCACACGGGGCCAACCUGUUCCUCCAGAUCCCUCCCUGACGGGAAAGCCACCUUCAGCGAAUUCAAGAACGACUCUAUCGUCACCAAAGUUGGCGCGCUUGACCUCUGCAGGAACUGGAACACCCGCGGCGAGGGUUUCUCGAGUUGCACCCACAACAGAGAGCGUGUCCACCAGUGCUCCUUCUGUGGCGACAGAUCCCAUCACGCUUUCAGCUGGUCUUGCCAACACCAAAAUUUUCCCCAACCACCCGUCGACUGCCAACCACAACGCUUUCGUUAACGACUAUUUGCACGAGGAGGUCGAAGCGGGCCAUAUGAGUGGCCCCUUUUCCCGAGAGAAGACGGAGUCUAUUCUUAAGGGCCAUUUCCAAUGUUCUCCAAUCAUCAUCGCGGUUCAACCCCAAGGCCCAGGCGAACCGGACAAACUCCGGCUCUGCCGCCACCUCUCGAAAGGCGACCAUUCUCACCCGUCCACCAAUUUUUUCGUUGACAAAGACAAAUUCCCCACCAAGUUCGGCACCGCCUCUGACGUAGCCGAAAUUGUGAGUCCACACCCCCUGCUCUGCAUCCUCUCCCUUCUCUGCUCUGUCCUCCAUGCUCUGCACCAUUACGUCCCAUACUCUGUAUUCUCGUACACGUAUCUCUGA